AUGGCGUGUGAAACAGCAAAAGAAGCUUGGGAUAGACUAAGAGUCAUGGGAAGUGAUACAACAAGGAACAUACAAGUGAUGAACUUGCGGAGAGAAUUUGAGAUGUUGAGAAUGCAAGAAAUGGAGAAAGUAAAAAAAUAUGUAGAUAGGCUUAUGAGCGUGGUUAAUAAGAUCAGGCUAUUGGGAGUAGAAAUGAGUGAUAAGAUGAUUGUUGAAAAGGUGCUAGUGAGCUUACCCGAGAGGUUUGAAUCCAAGAUUUCCUCCCUAGAAGAUUCAAAGGAUCUGUCACAAAUUAGCCUCACUGAAUUAGUCCAUGCAUUGCAGGCUCAAGAACAAAGAAGGUUAAUGAGGCAGGAGGACACUGAUGAAGGUGCUAUGAUGGCUGUUCAAAAGGGAAAUAAUAGGGUCACUCAGAGAAUAGGUGCUGGUUUAGGCCUGGGAUCCAAUGUAAAGGUUGCAAACAGUUUGGGCAUAUUGAGAAAGUUUGCAAGAACAAAGGUGCACAACCAUCACAACAAGCUCAAUCUGCAGAGGAUCAACAGCAGGGCAAUGAGUUUGAGCAACUGUUUGUACCUUCAUGCUACACAACUCAGACCAGCAGUGUGGCUGAUAGAUAGUGGGUGCACCAACCAAAUGGCAGCCAACUUGCAGAAUUUCAUCAGGCUGGACAAGACCUACAACUCCAGAGUCAAAAUUGGAAAUGGAGAAUAUGUGGAAGCCAAAGGAAUUGGAGAUGUUGCUGUCCUAACACAAUCAGGUACCAAGAAAAAUGAGGUAGCUGCUGUGUUUAGAAAAUUCAAGUUGCUGGUGGAGAACCAAGCUGGGACAAUGAUCAAGGCUAUAAAGAGUGAUAAUGGGACAUAA